GAUCAUGGGCUACAUGAGGAUGGUGGGGGCCCGGUUGGCGGUUCGUGGCGUGCCGACCUUCAUGGUUGAGGCAAAGCCCGGCCAAAGUUUCGCUGAGCUAACGCGCAUGGGUCUGGGCCGUGCCAAAGGCAUGGUGGCUUUUUGUACAGCAGAAUACGGAGCUGGAUAUGAGACGUUUCGUGAGCUGGAAUAUGCUCAUGACAAAGAGUUGCCUCUCAUUCCAAUUAGACUUUGUGAAGUGUGGCCGCCGGCGCCAACUGAUAAUGAAAGAGGGACCUGGCAGAACAAACUGGUGUUCACAAACGGUCUCGUGUACAUAGACGACCAGCGGAUGCAGAAUGCUGAAGGUGUUGCUGAUCAGAUUGCUGAUUCUGUCGAGCACUUAGGAGUUUUCUGAGAUGAGAGCAAUAAGAUUGG